UACGUGGUGUUACUUAGAAUUGCAUAAUGGAAGGAGAAACAAUUGAGAGUCCUCCGCAACUCUGGUUCCCGACGGAGCUGUUUAAUCCUUUUUAUCGCAACUACGCGGUCCUUAUAACGUACCAGGAUAUACCAUGGACUCAUCAAUAUAUACUUCCAAUUUGGGAGAAAGCGUUACUGACCGUUACUAUAAAUGAUGGGACGAAGAAAUGGGUGCAGUAUCUCGAAGACGAAGGGAUAGAUGUAUUCAGCAGCGAAAAUAAUAAAUACGUCCCUCAAAUUAUCAUUACGAACACGAGAAAUAGAGUUGAUGAAAUUAGAUUAGAGUUUGAAGAGGAGAAUCUGAUCGAGAAGCUAGCAAAACUAGGCUCUUUUGUAAUUUAUAUGCCUAAUCAGGAUUCCAUGAGUUUCGUUACAGUCAUAGACGAAAUCAGACAAAAUAAUAAAUUCAGCAGUAUGAUGUUGAAAGAAAUUUAUAUUUUUGGUGAUCCGGCGGAUACUAACGAUCAUGGGCGCAUUACCGAAACAUUAGUUAAAUGCAACGAUAUCAUGGAACAGGUUAUAAUAAUUACAAGAAAACAUUAUGUCUGGUUGUUAAGUCCUGGUUCGCACAAGAUAUAUAUACCAUACUAUCUGAUUUCUCAAGACUGCGAGUGCGUGUUGUCAGUAAUCACCAAUCCGACCGGUCACGUUACAAUAAAUGGUCUGCAGGAUGAGUUAGAUCCAUCCGAUGACUUAUUAAUGACAACGAUCACAAAAUGCGAAGUUAAAAUAUGCACGGAGACGCCGAUGGUGUUCCAUUUAGUCAUCUCCCCUGAUAUAGUGAACAUGUCUCUAUACGAAGAAGUAGACAGAUAAAGAUAUUCUUGUGGAAAACAGUUCCGGCAAAGGAGAAGCGUCCAUUGUGGGUAAGACGGAACUGAACGGGGGGAGGUUUUAGUGGGUAGGCAGAAUUAUUCCUGGAGUCCCACACUCCCCGGGUGGACGGCCGCUCGGGGGUGCGUAACUGCAUUUCCUCCUCCCUCGUAAAAAAAA